UUAUUUCCUUUAUUAAACAACACGUUCAAAUUUUCUUCUAUAUAAAGGGAUGCCACUCCAAUGAAGUUUCUCAUAUUCUCUCUUUUAUUGUCACUUCUCACUAAGCUAAAGAUGGUGGGUGAGAACUCUAUUGUGAGUAAGUUGAAGCCUUAUAUUCUAGUGGUGAGCCUACAAUUUGGAAUUGCAGGCAUAUAUGUAAUAUGCAUGGCCACUCUCACCAAAGGCAUGAGUCGUUAUGUUUUGAUCGUGUAUCGUAACACCGUUGCCGCUCUCUUUCUCGCUCCUUUCGCUCUAAUCUUCGAAAGGAAAACAAGACCAAAGAUGACACUCCCUGUCGCUUUGCAAAUCAUGGUCUUGGGUUUUCUAGAACCGGUUGUGGAUCAAGGUUUCGGUUAUCUAGGAAUGACGUACACGUCAGCAUCAUUUACAUCGGCCAUCAUGAACGCUGUGCCCUCUGUUACCUUUAUCAUUGCAGUAAUUUUUCGAGUGGAGCGUUUAAAUAUAAAACAAGUACGAGGGGUAGCCAAGGUAAUUGGUACUUUGGUGACCUUCGCCGGAGCUUUGGUUAUGACACUUUACAAAGGCCCAAUUCUCGAUUUCUUUUGGACUCAUAAAACAAACAACCAUGUUAACAGCAGUGGCGCCGCCGGCAAUCAGCAUUGGGUGGCCGGAACUUUGUUCAUCCUUUUGGGCUGCGUGUCUUGGUCUUGUUUUUACAUAUUACAGUCUAUAACAGUGAAAAGAUACCCAGCGGAGCUAUCUCUUUCGGCAUUGAUAUGCUUGGCUGGUGCACUUCAAAGCACAGUGAUAGCAGUAGCCAUUGAACAUCAUGCUAGUGCAUGGGCUGUGGGCUGGGACUCCAGGCUUCUAGCUCCUCUCUAUACGGGAAUAGUUGGUUCAGGAAUUGCAUAUUACUUUCAAGCUUUGGUUAUGAAGACAAGAGGCCCUGUAUUUGUCACAGCUUUCAAUCCUUUAUGUAUGAUUGUUGUCACUAUUAUCUCCUCCAUUGUUCUCGCUGAGAAAAUUCAUCUUGGAAGUGUUAUUGGAGCCAUUAUCAUCGCGAUUGGGCUUUACUCAGUCGUUUGGGGCAAAAACAAAGAUUAUUCCACCGCCGCCCACCUCCAUAAGCCUAACGACGCCGCCGUGCCGGAGCUUCCAAUUACUGCCUCUAAACUCCCCGCCGAACAAGAUGCUCAUCUUCAGCCUCCAAAAUGAAUUUAAUAUAUAUUGUCGCCGCCCAAAUACAAUCCCUUUUAAACCUCUCUGUGUAACCUUUAGUUUUUCUUUUUUCUUUUUCUUUUUUUUAAUUGAGUUGAUGAUGUGAUCUCAUAGAUGAGAGUACAUGUCCAAAAUCAUUUGAAUUAUGCUCAAAUUGAUUUUAUUCUCCGAGCUUUAAAUAUGGUGCGUGUAUAGAGUACUAUAAUAAUAUCUUUGAUUUGCACCAUACCUA